GCACGAUCCGUAUGAAUGCUAGUCGUAGCGAUGAGCUGGUUACGUGCAGUAGUGUUAGCAUUAAUUGCCCUCGGCCUUCCUGUAAGAGCUGAAUGGUUCGCUUCGUGCGAUCGACAGUUUCAACUGACCAACGUGGCCGAUGUAACGUUGAAUUCUCCCUUCUACCCGUCGAACUAUCCGGCCGGAAGUUCGUGCCGGUUUGUGGUACGUGCCCCGCCCGGAUAUACAAUCCAGGCAACAUGUACACUGAACAUGGCCAAUCCUACUGCCGCGUGUACGACGGACUUUCUGUACGUGUCCACCGAGGGCUUUGUGUCGCCGGUGGGCAGCGAGUAUUUCUGCGGCAAGGGACAGAUCUCCCGGAGGUCCCUGUUCAACAAGCUGACCAUCUCGUACAUCUCGUCCAGUGCGUCGAAUUCGGGAUCGUUCUCGUGUCGGCUUGUGGUACAGCCACAGGAUUGUGAUUGCGGGUGGUCCAGAACCGCAAAGAUCGUUGGAGGUAGCGAGGCGGGUGUAAACGAGUACACCUCCAUGGUGGGACUGCUUGAUCCUCUCACGGCGAACGUAUUUUGUUCCGGAGUAAUAGUAAGUUCCCGGUACGUUCUUACUGCCGCCCACUGUACCCGUACCAUCCCAAGCGUGGGUCGUGUGCAAGCUCUUGUCGGCGAUCAUGACUACCGCACCGGACUGGAUACACACUAUUCGGCGCUCUACAACAUCGAGCAGAUUAUUGCGCACGAAAACUACAACGAGCAGACCCGCAACAACGAUAUCGCCCUACUGAAGACGGUCACCGAGAUGGACUUCAACCGUGGUGUAGGACCGAUCUGUUUGCCCUUCAGCUACAGCACGUACAGCUUUGGUGGCCUGCUGGUGGACAUUGCCGGCUGGGGUACGACAUCCUUCGGUGGUCCGAUGAGCACCGUUCUGCGCAAGACAACGCUUAGCGUGCUGCAGAACGCGAACUGCUCGGCACCGUACGUUAACGAUCAGAAGGUGUGCACCUUUGCCGCAGGCCGUGACUCCUGCCAGUACGAUUCGGGUGGCCCACUGUACCUGCGGGGAAGCCAGCGUAUGUACACGAUCGGGAUCAUCAGCUACGGGUCGGCUUGUGCCGCCUCGACACCUUCGGUGGCCACCCGCGUUACGUCCUACCUGAGCUGGAUUCGUCAAAAAACGCCCGAAGUGUCGUAUUGCGUUAAAUGAAAUCGAUUGUUCGUAUCGUACGUGUUUAUUGAUAACAGUA